UCAUGUUUGAACAUCAGCGUCACUCCUACCAAAGGGAGGGCAUGCUUUCUCUCUGCGCAUUAUGAUUCAUCCACCACCUUUUCAUGAGUGAGAAGCCCGUUUUUUAUUUUUUAUUUUUUGGGUCGGAUGAGUUCAUUUGCGGAGCUGGCUGCCUCGUCGUGGGCCCUCGGAUGCCCCCACCCCCACCACCCCUCUCAUCCCGCGUCUCGACGGACCAAACGCCGCUGCGGCAUCACCGGCGUCAGCCUCCGAACUGCGCGGUGGAGCCCGCUGCUCACCGGCGACGAUCGCCGCGCAGAGGAGCCUCACGCAGAAACAUUGUGUUCUUCACGUAAGGGAUAAAAAAAAAACUAAAAGAAAAACAAAUUAAAAAACGAGGGGGAGACUUUUAUUUCCAUCAAUAUUUCAGGAUCGUCUUGUUUACCAGAUAAACAGCCGGCUGACGGUGAAAUUACGGCAUGUAGGAGCUGGAUAACUAUUCCGGUGUGACCGACACCCAUCUGCAGCUGAUUCCAGAACCAUGACAAAGGACAACCCUUUGGGGUCAGAAGACCUGUAUUAACAGCCGAUGAUGUUCUGAAGACAGUUUUUUGGCCAUCAUGAAAGGGUUAGGAGCCAGCCGUAGUCGCCACCUGUCUGACUCCUGUGAGCCAGCAGGAUGCACACAGAAACCUCUGUGUCCUUUGAAUUCUGACCCACACAGCUCCUUUUUGUUGAGCCCGACCAUAAACCAUUAUCCCACUCUGGAUCCCCAUCUCUACCAGUGCCAGCCUACCAGCCCCACCUCCUUGACCCAGGACUGCCUGCUGCCCUUUAAUCAGAUGUCCAGCAGCAGCACCUUCCCUCGUCUGCAUUUUACACCCCAAAAUGACCAGCUUGAAUGCUCCCGUGGCUGCAUGGCUGGUGGCGUACCUGGACAGGGCAGUAGAACGGGGCCACUAUCCACUUCCUUGUCAAUGGGUAUGGGCUUGGGUUUGGGUUUGACUGGUGCCCCCAUGAUCACAUCUGGAUCAGCCACUAUCUCUUCUGCAGCAGUAGCCAAGAUGAACCGGUUACCUUCCAAUCUCUUGGAUCAGCUUGAAAGGCACCUGCCUCUGCAGCGCGACGGCUUCAGUACGUUGCAGUUCCACAGAGGACGUGUGUCCAAGCAACGAAGUGAGAGUCCAGGACGUAUACGACAUCUCAUGCACUCUGUGCAGAAACUAUUUGCCAAGUCACAUUCCUUGGAGAAUUCUGGGAUAAAAGGUGGCACAAUCGGGCGUUCUGCUGGAGGAGAAACAGCAGGAGGGGGUGAGGACGGUGGUAGACCAAGCCGCAGGAGCAAAAGCAAAGACAGAGCUAAAACCGAGGGUCCCAAACAGAGACCUAGACCAAGCACCCUUGGCCUGUGGAGCUCAGAUGAUGCCUUGGAUAAUGACAGUCCCAAAGCUGGCCCUAUUGCUGUAGGUUACCGCAACCCGCUGACUAUGAUGACUCUUGGCAGAGCGGUGUCAGACAGCCAGGCCCACACCAGACACAUCCCACAGGGCUAUAACACUAUUUCUGCACAUUCUCUCAAGACCUCAAAAAGCAGCAGUGACCUCAAAUUUCUGGCAUGUCCAGCAAUGCAGUUCGGAUCCAAGGAAGAGGAGCCAAAACCAAGAGAAAGCAGGGAUGAUACAGCGAUGAAGAGGGGCUCUUGGUCCACUCUUACCUUCAGUCAGGCAAAGCAAGUUUUGCAGAAGGGCUCGGCCACAGUCAACAGGACUCUGCUCAAAUCAAAGUCCAGCCAUCAAGACUUGGCACAAAAGUUCCUCCAGGUCCCCCUGGAUGACUGGACUGGAACUUUAACCUGUGGUCAAAACAAGGGACCUGAGAUCCCUUGCAGAAGAAUGCGCAGUGGCAGCUACGUGAAAGCAAUGGGAGACCUAGAAGACAGUGAGGACUCAGAAGGAAGCCCCAAGCCUUCGCCCAAAUCUGCAGCUCGUCGGCAGAGCUACCUGAAGGCCACACAGCAAUCUCUGAGCGAGCAGCAGCCGCCAUUGCCUCCGCGCAGGCCUUGCCGCUACGCUCUCAUGCGGGAGGAUUUUCUGUGGUCUCCUCUGCAGAGUGCAUGCUCUAUGCAGCAUCUGAGCUCGCUGCCGUCUCUCAAGGAGCUGUCCACCAACCGGAGCCUUGAUAACUUAGAUUGCUUGGUGAGCCCUGUGGAGGCACCUCUACGCCGCAGGAACAAUGACUUCAGCCAAUGCCCAGGCACCCUGAGCAGAGGCUUGGGCACUCAGCGUGUGAGUGUACACACGUUUUUUCAGGUUUGUGGGCAGGGCUGUGGCCACUCAUUGCCCUAUUGUGGAGGGGAAUCACAGGCGGUGGAGGCUCUGGAUCUGCCUGCUCCCACGUGCUUCCGCUCGCGCAGCCACAGCUACUUGAGGGCGAUCCAGGCGGGCUGCUCUCAAGAUGAAGAUACAGCUUCUGUGGAUUCAGAUUCACCACCACCCACUGCUGGGAGCUACAGCUACAGCUCCAGCACACUAAGCAAUAGGAGGGCUCCUCCACCAGUCCCGCCCCGCAUCACAUCCAAGCCCCUCAUCUCAGUGACAUUGCAGAGCAGUACAGAGUCGGCCCAAGACACUUACCUUGACCAGCAGGACCACGGCAGCGAGGCCAACAGCCAUUCAGGCCGCAGCAACUCCUCCGACAGUCUCUGUAGCACGCACACAGGCAGCCUGGCUAAGGGGACCAAGCUUCCACCAGUGCCAGUCCCCGCUGCAGGCUCCGCACCUCCUGUUCCAGCCCCCCGCGACCUCCCGACUACACCCGCUGUUUCAACCACAACCACCACUUCCACGUCUACUCAAUCUCAAAAUGUCACCCUGAGCUUUGGUAUAACCUUAGAGCAGCCCCCAACUGCACCCAAGAGGAAACUGUCCUCCAUUGGAGUUCAAGUGGAUUGUCUUCUACCUGUACAAAGUGAAGAACCUGUGCUUCUGUGUGCACCUCUGAAGUUUCAGUCAAUUGGAGUUCAAGUGGAAAACGGCAGGCCUCUCAGCCGGGACAGCAGCAUGGCCUCCAGACAAAAUACAGAGACUGAGCCUCAGCCGCAGGACCCCACACCCACCGAAAACAACACCACCAACUGCACCAACUGUCAGACAGUGAAUACCACUGCAACCAACGGGCAGGACAAAGCCACGGAACAGAAGCCCUUGAAACGCUCCUCGCUUACCACUAGGAAAUCCUCAGAGGCUCUGGAUCCAGCUUUGGACCCCUCCUCUCUGCCGCCCCCAGACCCCAGCCUGGAUUCUGGAAACUGCAGCACGCAGCAAGAUGGCGCUCAGCCCACUGUGCCAACUUGCCUCAGAGAUGGAAACUGGUUUCUAAAACUGCUUCAAGCAGAAACAGGCCGCAUGGAGGGCUGGUGUCAACAGAUGGAGCAGGAGACCAAAGAUAACAAGCUCUCAGAGGAGGUGCUUGGGACGAUCCGCAGUGCUGUAGGGAGUGCUCAGCUGCUUAUUUCCCAGAAAUUUGAGCAGUUCAGAGGUCUCUGUAAUGAGAACUUGAACGUAAAUGCCAAUCCACGACCAACAGCACAGGACCUCGCAGGGUUUUGGGAUCUCCUGCAACUCUCUAUAGAAGACAUCAGCAUGAAGUUUGAUGAACUCUAUCAACUAAAAGCCAACAACUGGCAACUUCCUGAGAAGCCAGAGAAGAAGGUGGAAAACAAGCAGCUUCCGUCAUCUGUGCCAAAAAAAACGUCUAAGCCCCGGCUGCCAACGGGGAAGGACAAGAGUGUGGACUCCGCGGUGGACAAGCAAAGACAAGAAGCAAGAAAGCGCCUAAUGGCAGCAAAGCGAGCCGCAUCCGUACGACAGAACUCUGCCACCGAGAGCGCAGACAGUAUCGAAAUCUAUGUCCCCGAGGCGCAGACCCGCCUUUGAGAGCAUGCGUCACCAAGACAAAACACAACUCAGACCAGACAUUUUUAGACAAACAGGUGGAUCUGAUAUGAAGAACACAAAAAAAAACAUACCACGGAUGCACAAAGGUCAAUCCUCCCUACCAGCGUAACUGACAGCAGGAGUCGCAGAACACCUGAGUAAUCCAGUGUGACGCAGACUGUCAAUUUGCUGCCAUGGGACAGAAACAACCUUCACAGAUGUUUAAUACUGUUGUUAUUAUUGUUAUUGAUAUUCUAAAAUUAUUAUCUUCUAAAGUAUUUCAAGAUUGUCUUAAAUGUGCAACUAUGUUGGAAAAGGACUUUAUCCUGUAUCCUGUGAGCUGAAGAAUCCCAGAAGUUUACUCUCCAAGAAUCAAAAAACAAACAAAAAAAACCUAACUUAGAGAAAAGAGAUAAAAAAUACACCUCUUCUGAGUACUGGGAAAAUGAGGCUGUGCAGUUUGAGCUGAGCUACCAUCCGCGCACACUCAGGACACACAUGCAGGUGUACUCACUGUCCAGUCUUCCUGUUCUCUCUUUGUAUCAGGCUGCCACUCGUUGCGUGUGUAAAGAGCGCCGGAACAGUUCUAAGACGACAUUAUUGUACUCAGAGGUUUAAAGUGCAGAGAACCAGAGGAAGCUAGUAGCAUAUACUAUAAAUAUCACACUAUUACAAAGUUGAUUUUGUAAAUGUUGUAUAACAGAUUAAUUGUUAGAAAGAGAGCAUUGUUGAGCACCAAGGUAGUUUUUUAUAGAUUGAGUACAUUUUCUGUCACAAUAUAUUAGCACUCAAUGCAAUCAUUCACUCCACCCUUCUCUCUUCUCCACUCCUUUUGUCACGAUUGUUCAUUACAGUCUUUUGUGAAAACCCACUGAUUAAGUCUUACUUUGUAAAGGAUGGGAGAAGCGGCCGCCUUGCUGGUGAAAUGGAAUGUACUGAAUCAUUUACAGCCCACGUCGACUUGAUCGCUGCACUUUCCGUUCACCUCAGAUCAAGUAUUGCCCCACCUUUGUGUUUCCCUCCAACCAUUCUCACUUUCACUGCAUCCCGAUGGUGGUGGGAUGCAGGGGACCAAGACUCUCAAAUCUUAUAAAUGCCAUUCCCGUUCAGACAGGCUCUGUGAUGGGGUGGGGGUCUACAUGCUGCUGGAAAGGAUUUGAUAAAGCAAUAAUAUGAGAUCCCUGCUGGUACCCAGUCUUCAAUUAUUCAACAUUUCCAGUUGGAUUUUCUUGAUGCAAGGGAUUGAUUUUCCUCUAAAGUGCUGUUGAAGCGAAAAAAUCUCAGGUCAAACUCCGAAUAGUAAAGAAGAAAAACUGAACAGAAUAUUUUGUAGGCGCUAAUGAAUUGGCCAAAUCAGCUUAACAGCUCAACCUGUGUUCCUCCCUGUGUUGUGGGGCGGUGAUGCACACUGACUUGUAGUCAGCUGACUCUCUGGCUCCUUUCUGGCAGCUUAAACUCCCACCUGCAAUCAAAAACUGGUGCGUUCUGUUCUGUCAUUUGGCACAUUUUGUGACUGAUUUGAAAUGAGGUCAAAAUAAACCUGUUCUGUAGUUAUAAUAAAUUUAUACUGCAAAGGAUUCCAUACUGUGCCAAGAUGGCUUUAAUCAUUUAACUAGGGUUACUUUUGUUUAGUUUUUUAUUUUAUUAUUUAAAGCAUGUAUUUAAUUUUCUCAUGAAUUGAGUUUCCCUUGUCUGUACUUAGCUGUUUGUUUGCUUUAGCUCACUCCAGACAUUCUACACUUAACCUCUGUUGAGCUCAUGACACUUUUUUUUGUAUUCGUCUUGCUGCAACAUUUGUAAUUCUAGUUUCUAUUUUCUCAAAUAUUGAAAGUUUGAGAUGUUUACGAGUGGAUCAAGGUUUAGUCAAUAAUCAUGCACAAAUGCAGAUUACCAUGCUUUGGGUUUGUUUGGGAGCUGGUUCAACCUCUUCCGGCCAGUUUUCGCCUGACACUCCAUUAAUAUUAGUUCCCAAGUAUGAAACAGUGACAUGAAGUUGAAGUGGGAAUGCUGGCGUAACAUUACAUUGUCAAUUUUCUUAUAUUAUUUGUAUGACAUCGACAACGAACCUGUGCACCUCAUUGUCCAAAGAAGUCAUUAAACAUCCCUUUGCUACAUGUUUUGGUCAUCA